GUAAUUUUAGAAUGUGUAAGUAUAUAAUUUAUAAAGAUAAACGAUUGGCUAAAAUUGCGGCAUGUGUCUGACAAGACGUCGUGAUCAAGAUGUGAAGACUGCAAGAAUAUGAAGAGAAUUUAGAGAUUGUGUGAAGCUAAUGAACCAUGUAAACGCUGUACUUGGCAAGCAAAAUGAUGUCAUCCGGCUUACUAUAGCUCAAAGCGGGGGACUGAACACCCGGUGCUGAUAUUAUGGUGGCAGCUGAACAAGAAGCAGUUUGGUGUGAGUUAGAGUUUCGAGAAGACGAGAUUUACGUGCUGGUGAAAAUUUUACGAAGCAGCGGUUGCUGUCGCGGAUGAAAUAUAUGUGAUGGCGAAACAAAUGUGAGAAUCACACGAGCAGUUGUUUGAAGACAGAGGAAGCGAUCCAGUUUCUUACAGGUCGGAUUGACCAUCGGCAGGGACUACUGCAAGAAUCAUGGUGAAAUUUGUGUGCACUGUUCUGGUUACUGACAGCUGCAUAUCAUAUGCAAUUGAAAUCACUGAAUAAAUAGUGUAACAGCGCGGACGACCUGGGAAUUUCGCAGAACGCAAUAUCAGUAGUGACGAGUUUUGUGUCCUUGGUGUGAGCGAAACGGCAUAAAAAUUUUUACACUAAAUGAUCCUGGCCGUAACAUUGAGCGGCUUGAUGUUCUCAUAUAAAGUGAUCCAAAUCAUUAAGAAUCAGAUAUCUGAAGAGAUGAAGAUGCUUAUCGAAGAAAAAAAUGGGUGGAAGAUGCAGACGAUUUCAGGCUUGUUCGGAGCUGAUUGUGCUGAAUCUUCUUGCUUAAGAUCCAGUGUUGGGUUCAAACCAACGAUUGGAGCUCAUGAGCAAUUCUCAUGUCUCUGAUCGCGAAGCAAGCAUAAAAAAGCUGGAGGAGCUUUUAUGUGAUAAAAUCGCUUAUGAAGAUAGGAGUGAUGCUAAACCUCCACUGUUAAUCUCAGAAGAGUCUUGUCGUGUUUUUUGUGUUAAAUGAUUCAAGUCAUGACAUUGGCCUUGACAUGAUUAUACGCUUCUACAAACAAACUCACACAGGCAUGUGAGCAGCAAUUUGUAAUGACACAUUCAUUUCUGAGUAUCCCAUAAGUAUAUGUGGAAAGGAUACUUUUGCAAACAGCAACGGUAGAAGCUAGUUUCGCUAUGAGUAAACAGAAAAAAAUCGAAUGUUGUGCUUGAAAGAAAAAUCAUGUAUUUGAGAUUGUGACACACUUUCUAUGAAAUGGCCAUCGAUCAUAGUCAAAAUCUUGUCACAAUUGUAGCAAUUGUAUCUCUUGACAUUUUCUUUUUAUUUAAAAAUUGUCAGUAUGACAAAAAAGUGUAGUAAUAUUAAUGUACAAGGAUGUGGACCACAUUGGUGUUCAAACUUCUUCUGUCUUGGAGUUUGACGCGACACCUUACACUCGACCGUGCACGCGUCUGUGAGCAUAAUCACAUGGUGAAA